GAAAGAGGAAACGCUCCGCAGUCACUCCUCAUUGGCAUCUCUGAGUGGACAGAGCUCAAACAUAUUUGGUUUAUUUACACUGCAGUUCAUUAACAAACCUUGGCAUCCGUUCAUUUUUUUCAUUCAAACCUUACAAUUUCGCUAUUGUAGCACUAUUUCGCACAACAGCCAUUAGGUACAUCAACCAACCUUGCCUCGAAGACUUAGACCUGUCCCAGCAUCAUCUGAGUGAGAUUCCACAUAACUGACGAGUGGACAAAACCUUCUCCAGGUCAAGACUUAAUUGGAAACAAGAUGGCCGAAUCCCACAAAUAUCUGACCCGUUAGAACGUCCUGGUUUGGUCAAGUCCUUUCCGCCAUCACCUGCUCCGACUCUUCUAAAGAGCAGUAGAAUGGAGGAGCAGAGGUGCUCUCUUCCACCUCCUCUCAAAACAGAGGAAGACUACAUUCCAUAUCCCAGCGUCCAUGAGGUAUUGGGGCGUACUGGUUCUUUACCACUGAUUCUGCUGCCUCAGUUUGGGGGUUACUGGAUUGAAGGGACCAAUCAUGAUUUAGGCUCCUCCUCCUCACCAGAGGAACCGCCCCCUUGCCCAGCAUCACAGGUUAAACUCGAGACCAACAGCAUAGCCAAGAUCUACAGGAAACACUUCCUGGGCAAGGAACACUUUAACUAUUACUCCGUGGACAGCGCCCUGGGACACCUGGUCUUCUCUGUGAAGUAUGAUGUGAUUGGAGACCAGGAGCACCUUCGACUGUUGUUUAGGUCGAAGUUUAAAACCUACCAUGAUGUGAUCCCUAUUUCUUGUCUGACCGAGUUCCCUAAUGUUGUCCAGAUGGCGAAGCUUGUCUGUGAAGAGGUGAAUGUGGACAGAUUUUAUCCCGUCUUAUACCCAAAGGCAUCCAGACUCAUUGUGAGCUUUGAUGAGCAUGUCAUCAAUAACAACUUCAAGUUUGGAGUCAUCUUCCAGAAAUUUGCUCAGACAACAGAAGAGGAGCUAUUUGGAAACAGUGAGGAAAGUCCAGCUUUUGUUGAGUUUCUGGAGUUCUUGGGAGAGAAGAUUGAACUUCAUGAUUUUAAAGGCUUUCGUGGUGGCCUGGAUGUUACACAUGGCCAGACAGGAACCGAGUCAGUCUACCACAACUUCCACAAUAAAGAGAUAAUGUUCCACGUGUCCACAAAGCUACCAUACACUGAAGGUGAUUCCCAGCAGCUCCAGAGGAAGAGGCAUAUAGGAAAUGACAUUGUGGCUAUUGUGUUCCAAGAAGAAAAUACACCAUUUGUACCAGAUAUGAUCGCAUCAAACUUCCUUCACGCUUACGUAGUGGUGCAAGUCGAGAACGCCUGCACUGAUAACGUCCUCUAUAAGGUAUCUGUGACGGCGAGAGAUGAUGUGCCUUUCUUUGGUCCUGCCCUCCCAGACCCAGCUGUCUUUAAAAAGAGUCCGGAGUUUCAUGAGUUCCUCUUGACCAAACUGAUCAAUGCUGAAUAUUACUGCUAUAAAGCAGAGAAGUUUGCCAAGCUGGAGGAGAGGACACGUUCUGCUCUGCUGGAGACUUUAUAUGAGGAGCUGCAUGUGAACAGCCAGUCCAUGAUGGGACUGGGAGGAGAUGAUGACAAACUGGAGAAUGGAGGAGGCGGAGGCGGUGGCUUCUUUGAGUCUUUCAAGCGAGUUAUCCGCAAUAGAAGUCAAUCUAUGGAUGCUAUGGGCCUCAGUAACAAGAAACCGCACACCGUCUCCACAAGCCACAGUGGAAGCUUUACCAACAACCCUCCAGAAACUCCCAAAACUCCUGGAAUUUCCCUGAUUAUUCCUGGAAAAAGCCCAACCCGUAAGAAAUCUGGUCCGUUCAGUUCCAGAAGGAGCAGCGCCAUUGGGAUUGAGAAUAUACAAGAGGUUCAGGAGAGAAGUAGUCGAGAGGUGUCCCCGAGUCCACAGAGGGCAUCUGAUGGUGGACACACCCUUCAAGACCUCAGAUUAGACAACUGGUCCAAUCAGAGCUCACCUGAGAUGCCGACCACCAAGUUUGGUUCCGCCCUGUGCUGUCGAGCUCCUUCUAUCCCAGAGUCCCAGGACCUUUCUCGCUCCUCGUCCAAUGCCAGCAGCUUCACCAGUGUGGUGGAGGAGAACGAGCAGCAACAUGAAGCUACAGAGGAGUACGACACGGGACUGGACAGUCUGUCUUCAGCCGGUACGCCUCACAAACGAGAUUCAUUUUCAUACAGCGCCGUGUGGUUGGAAGACGGCUCUGGUAGUGCUAGUCAGAGCAGUUCACAUGGUCCCAUUCGACAGCAGUCUGAACCUCUACGUCCCAAAACAGAGAGACAACACUCGAACUGCUAGCUGUCCUGUAGGCUGUAGAUGACUUCAUGGAUGUCCAUCAACAGCAUUUUCAUAAGCAGCCCUUCGCAGUGGACAGUCGAUGUGCUCAUAAGAGUUCCUCGAGAGACACAGAUGUGAAAGUGUGUGAAGCACUAGUUACAGUCCCGCGGCGUACAGUCGGGGCAAGUGUGCAUCAGAAUAUCAGCGCGCUCUUGUAAGGACACACACCACCUCUUUAUCUUCUAUCAUGUGGCUGUUGGACUGCAGGCAAAAGAGCAAACCCGCCUGGCAUCUGUUGAAGACUGGUGCACUGCCAGCUGGGAAACCAAUCACGCAUGAUUCUUAUGGCCUUAUCAUAGGCUUCUUUCU